AUGGAAGAAAUUGGGAAAGAAAGAAUUAAAGUAAUUGAUGAUUUAAAACAAAAAUACCAACAGAAACUGGAGAUUUACGACGAAAUGGUCGAUGGAAAUAAAAAGACAUGCUUAAAUCUAGGGAAUUUCGAAAACAACUUGAAACAGUCAGAGAAAAAGUGUACAUCUUUAAGGAAGGAAAAUGAUGAAUUAAAAUUUAAAAUCAAUGAGUUACAAUCUCAACUUCUAAAAAUCAAUCAAAAUAACACUUCAUCUACUAAGAAAAGAAAAAUCAUUCAUUCUGAAGAAUUCCCCGUAGACGAAUAUUCAUUCGACAACAUAAAUAGCUCAAUACUGGAAACAAAAAGUAAUAAACCUAAUACUCGAAGGCAAAAACGAGCAUAA